AUGAGCAUGGAUGGUCGCAUUAAUCCGGGCUAUAUGGCGUGGUUCAAUAGGAUCACAGUGUCGUACCUAGUUCAACCUGCGACACAGUCAACGGUUGGGAUGAACGAGUCAGCAUCUUCUAUGAUGAAAUUGGUCGAGACCAUUCAGGGGAUAUGGCAUUUGACCUCUGAACACGACACAGACCCUCGUUUACGGCAGAUUCGUGCAAUGGCUGCUGAGGCGCUUCGUACGACGGACCAUACUGAUGUGAUGGAGUAUCCAACAUCGCAACGGCGAAAUGUGGUCAUGCCGCCACGCCCACCAACUUCUCUUCGUCAUGGACUGCCGGGUGUCCGGACGGGAGGACACGAUCCAUAA